CAGACACCGGGCUGAUUGAACGGAAAGCCUUUCCGGGCCAGCAGCGGGGAGACAGGCGCCAUGAUUCACCUGAGGAUGCGGCGGCCAGAAAAUGGUCGCUUCCUGCUUGGAUGAAUGCGUAGCUGUAGCCGACGCUUGGGAGGUUAUGCUCCGUUUUAAAGUCGUCGUUUGAAACACCCGCCCGUUUCAGAGACCAAAAUGGAUAUGUUUAUUUUGUAUAAAAUGCUGAGAGUCUCGCGACUGGAACGGGGCAGCGUAAGCUAGGUGGCUAAUGCUACGGUGUGUUGUCUGGGAAGCUAGCUUAGCAAGGCUAGCACAUGAUGCUAACUGGUUUUAUCAUCAACACAGCACGUUUUCUUCUGCUUGGUUAAAUGACGGAGGUAUUAUAGGACCAAAGCCCACGCCUUAAGCAGGUAUGGCCCGGAUCUGAUUUGGACAGUCCUGGUGAUGGCAGAGGGGGUCCAGGCUGGCGGAAUGCCCUCCUUUGACCCAAGUCCUGGUGGUUCUGAAUCUAAAAAGAGGACUUCUACUUCAGAUGGCAGAGACGAGCCCAUGAGGAAGAUGCCUGUGACAAAGUUUGGAUCCAGACCUCGAUUUGAGCCCGUGCACUUUGUCAGCGGGGGAAGCAGCGGAGGAAGCGGCACAGAUGAGAAGGAGAACGAUAAGGAGCGCAGGAAGAGUGAGUGGCACGGUGCGAGACAGUGGGACUCUCAUCACUCCUCCUACAGCGGCCGGGCGCAGGGCUUCUCCUUUCUCAGGCCCGCUUUUGACCAAGUGCCAUCGUACUCGAGCGACUUUUGGGGUUCCCACAGAGACAGAAAUAGUUCCUCAGGCGGCACUAGCGGACUGGGCUACGGAGGCCGUGGAUCCUCCUCAAACUACAUGGCGAAAACGCAGCAGGACUACACAGCCAAGUACGAAGCCCACGGCUCUUCUCACGGUUUAAACUCCUAUUAUAAGCCCCAGAGGUAUAACGGAUACGGGGGAGGGAGCAGAACUAGCAACUGGGAUCCAGGACGUCAGGGUUUGGGGUACGGCCAUCAGGACAGGCCGGUCAGCAGAGCUUACAGCACUCCAGGCACCAGCGGUCCCAACGCCUCACAGCCAGAGACGGCAAAGCCUCCUCCGAUAUCUCACUCCACGUUGGAGGAGAAGCAAAGGCUGAUCACCAGCGUCGCCAACGCGCUAUGCGUUUCCUUUAGGAACCCUCUGUUGAUGACGGGAAGCGACUCCCCGAACUACAACUUCAUGUUGAGCCGCAGCAUCCAGGCCUGCAAGACCAACCCGGAGUAUAUCUACGUCAACCUGAAGGACAUCCCCCAGGCUGACCUCCCGAAGAACAGGAAGGUGCCGACGGACGGGUACGCCUGCGAACUGAGAUGUCAGGGUGUGUACCUCGCCACCGGCUACUCCGGCAGCAAGAACGGCGCGAGGGACCGGGCGUCCGAGCAGGCCGUCAAGCUCUUCCUGAAGCCGGUCGAGGUCCGCGUCGUGCAGCGUAAGCACAGACACGCGGUGGUCAGCGACAUGGUGGUGUGCCAGACGCACAGCCCGACGCCGGCGUUCCUGCCGGCGCUGCGCAACCCGGAGGACAAGCCGGCGCCCAGCCCCAAGGGCCAGCACGAGCCCGACCGCAACAAGCACUGGACCGAGUUCGUGGUGAUGGAGAACGCCCACGACGCCAUCUGCAUCCUGAACAACUCCAACGCCUUCAACCGCAUGAAGAUCGACUACGAGUUCGUCCAGCUGCCCAACAACCUGUGGCAGUGCAGCAUCUUCCUGCAGGACGAGCUCAUAGCGCAGGCGACGGGGACGAAGAAGAGCUCCAAACACGCGGCGGCCGAGGACGCCGUGAGGAAGCUCCGGCUGAACCAAGCGCAGCGGGAGCGCUGGCAGAAACAGACGCAGCAGCUCGGCGGCAACAACCCGCCGGAUUCUGGCGACUGCUUCGGCCAGCAGUCCGACUCGUUCGGGCCGCAGGCGGCCGCCGCCGCCGGCAGAAAGACGCAACUGAGCGAGCUGGUGAUCCUGGAGAACUCCGACAACGCCAUCUGCAUAAUUAACGACACAGCUCAGUUCAACAAGGUGACCGCCGAUUACAGGUUCUCGGUUUUGCCGGACCACCGCUGGAAGUGUGAAGUGUACCUGGAAGGGCAGUACGUGGCGGCGGGAGUCGGGCCAAAGAAGUUGGUGAAGCACAUCGCGGCGCAGGAGGCUCUGGCCACCUUAAGGCAGACCCAGGCUGUGGUCAAGUCCAACCUGAGGAAGGAGGGGCACGACGACGCUAUAUCCCGUUCUCAGAUCCUGGCUCGCUCGGGCGAGGAGGCGUUCAAGCAGGAGAUCAAAGAGGACAACAUCGGCAACCAGCUGCUCCGCAAGAUGGGCUGGAAGGGAGGCGGCCUAGGCCGGGACGGGGAAGGCAUCGCCGAGCCCAUCAGGGUGAAGGAGCAGUUCUCCAGGGAAGGCCUGGGUCUGGAGAUGGAGAAGACGCGCAACCAGCUCAGCAAGCGCGACAUCGAGGACAUCAUCCGCAACUACGUCAGCUCGGACCGAACGGACGACCUGCGGUUCUCCAGCGAACUCACCAACGACGAGCGCAAGCAGAUUCACCAGAUAUCCCAAAAAUACGGCCUCCGCAGCAAGUCCUACGGACAGGGGUGGGACCGCUUCCUGGUCGUCAGCCGGAAGGUGCACAAGGACCAGCUGAUUGGUCAGCUUCUACAGGAAGGGCAGGUGGGCCGGUACGAGCUCGUCAAGCCUCAGGCAUCUCACUAAACUGCAUGAAAUGUUGGACUUUAAAGCGUAUCGUUACCACGGCUGGGUUCCAUCAUGCGUCCUGGCUGAG